CAAAAAGAAAUAAAAAAAAGAUAAAAACUGUGAAGUUGACAAAAUUUGAAAACAAAACGGUGGAAAAAUGGAAAAAUAGAAUGGAAGGGUAGGGUACAACACGUUAAUGCAAGGAAAAGAAAUUAAGUUUGAACGGCAUGGAGAGGUGAAAUGGUGAAGAAGCUGUCAGCGUGUGAGCGUGUGAGAAAUUGUGAUUGCGAUCUGGCUCUAGAAUCUUAGAUCUCCACCUCGAUUGUCGAACCACUUCAGUUCCGGUCGGUUCCCGCUGCUUUUCCUUAAAUACUCGCCACGUGUCAGCUCCAACCAUCAAUUUUUCCCCCAUACAAAACUACGAGCGACUUCGCGUUUUUGCUUCGUCUGGAAUCAACGCUCAAACCCAAAUAAAAAAAAUAAAAUAAAAUAAAAAUUCAAAGAAUAUAAAGUUCGAUUUUUGUCGUGGGAGAGGAGAUAUAUGUUAUCUUAGAGACAAAGAUAUCGAUCAAUUCAUUUUCUCGUGAAAAUCGAGCUCUUCAGUAAGCUAAUGGCAACUGCUACAAUGGCUACGGCAGCCGGUGCAGCUGCCCUAUUAUACUACACAAUGAACCGUAAGUUACAGUCUAACCGAGAUGACGACGAAAAUGGUAGCGACGAGCCCAAUCACGCUCCUUUGGGGAUUGAGCGUGUGUCGCACAGGUUAAUUCAAGCUCCGGCUACAUGGUUGGAGACGAUUUCAACCUUGUCGGAGACUCUUAGGUUCACUUACUCUGAGACAUUGGGGAAGUGGCCUAUUGGGGAUUUGGCAUUUGGCAUCAACUUUCUUCUGAAGAGACAGGGAAAUUUACAUGUUGGCAAUGUAUUUGGUGGUAAAGACAGUGAACGGCUGAAAGGACCAGAAAUAAUUGCUGAACUUAGAUACCUUUUGAACUUGUUGACGCUAUGUUGGCAUUUUUCCAAAAAACCAUUUCCAAUGUUUUUAGAGGAGACUGGUUAUUCAGAAGAGAAUGUUCUUCUUCAGGAACCCAAAGCUGGGAUCUUGAAGCCAGCUUUUACAAUUCUAGUUGAUCAUAAUACAAAACGUCUCCUCUUGUUAAUUCGUGGAACACAUAGCAUCAAGGAUACUCUGACAGCUGCAACAGGAGCUGUUGUACCAUUUCAUCACAGUGUUGUCCAUGAGGGAGGAGUCAGCAAUUUAGUUUUGGGAUAUGCGCAUUGUGGAAUGGUUGCAGCUGCACGUUGGAUUGCAAAGCUUGCAACUCCUUGUAUUAUUAAAGGGCUUGUGGAAAAUCCUGGUUACAAACUCAAGAUAGUUGGGCAUUCUUUGGGUGGAGGCACUGCAGCAAUUCUAACAUAUAUAUUGCGAGAGCAGAAAGAACUAUCAACAACCAGCUGUGUUACAUUUGCUCCAGCUGCAUGCAUGACAUGGGAAUUGGCAGAAUCAGGAACUGAGUUCAUUACCUCUGUUAUUAAUGGAGCUGACUUAGUGCCUACUUUCUCAGCUGCCUCAGUGGAUGAUUUGCGUGCUGAGGUCACUGCAUCUGCAUGGAUAAAUGAUCUGAGAAAUCAGAUUGAGCGCACGAGAAUUCUCAGUACAGUCUAUCGUUCUGCUUCAGCUUUGGGUUCUCGUCUUCCAUCCAUCGCCACUGCUAGAGCAAAAGUUGCUGGGGCAGGGGCAAUUUUGCGCCCAGUUUCCAGUGGGACUCAGGUGGUUAUGAAAAGGGCCCAGAGCAUGGCUCAGGCAGCAUGGACACGACCUGCCCUUAAUUUGUCGUCAUGGUCGUGCAUGGGUCCUCGACAUCGACCCAAUGCGACCCAUGCAAACUCAAAGGAAGAUAGUCCGCCACAAUCUUAUGUAUCCGACAGAGAGAUGACAUCUGAGCCUCUUCUAAUAUCCCCUAAGCACAGCAGCACUACAAGUGAAGCUGUUGAACUUCCUGAAUCUUCAUCUGUGCAAAUGGAAUGGACUUCAGAAAUUGAAUAUGCCUGUUCUGGUGAAAGCGUCCAAAAUGCUGAUGGAGAAGCUGAUCUUGAUGAUAGUGAAGACCUGAUGGGCCAUAAUAGACAUGAAGACCGCAUGACUGAAGUGGAGUUGUGGCAACAACUUGAGCACGAGCUUUAUGAUAGGACGGAAGGCGAAGAUGCUGAUGUGGUAAAAGAAAUAAGAGAGGAAGAAGAAGCAGCCAUUGCAGAGGUAGGGGAUGGCCAGCCAGAGAGCUCUGCUCCAGAAACGAAGGAAGCACACAGAUUCUUUCCUGCAGGGAAGAUCAUGCACAUUGUCCUACUUCACUCUGAAAAUGUAGAUCGGGUGAGUGAUGCUAGCCAAACCUCCGUUAUCAGCUCAACCUCCGAUGCAAGCCCAACAUCGAAUGCCAGCCCAACAUCAAAUGGGUCGGAAAAUGGGCAACUAGAAGAGACUCGGGUUGGUAUUUUCCUGACACCAAGAUCACUUUAUAGUAAACUGAGAUUGUCACAAACAAUGGUUAGUGAUCACUUUAUGCCCGUCUAUAGAAGACAGAUUGAAAAGCUAAUAACAGAACUUGAACAAGAGGAAGCUUGCAAGGGAGAUGAAGAAUUGCUAUAGGGAUUGGUAAAGUACCACUAGUUUGUUUAUAACCAACACACCGGGAGGAACUUUCUGACUUUUUUUUUUUUUUUUUUGGUUUGGGGGCCACACUGAUUCUGAUACCCAAGCGACUUGGAAACGGCAAUUACAUAGCUUUGGUAAGGGUUUAUUGUCCCCCAAACUCCGGAUUAAUACUUGUAAUACCUAUCUUCUGUAAAUACUCGUUUUAAAAAUUAAUUUAUUUGUUCGCAUUUGAAUGAAUGCGUUUCCAAUCGAGUUGUUGCUUCAAUUCGAAUUGGUCGCCUUUGACUUUCCCUA